AUGCUCGAUUCAAUCAGCAAAGGCGAACUGGUGCCAGGAAAAUUGCCCACAUUCUCUGAUAAGAAUCUGGCAGCUUUGUCUGGCAGUUAUGCUACUAAUGCGGGCUCUAAAGCUUACCUUGAGCCUGGAGAUUUGGACGGGACCCAAUGGGACGCUGUGUUCAAGAACAACCGCAUUCUAACUGGAUACUAUUACCAGUGGUCAGGUGCUAACGACGCGAAGCCUAUACUUGUGAAGGCCAGAAAGCCAGCUUUCAACUUGCGUGGCGCUGCCCCAGUUGGUGUACCCAGUACCGGUGGUUCUGAUAGCACCCAAGUCAAAGUUCCCGCCAUUCCACCUUUUUACAUCGAUGACGACGCAACAGUUAGCAUUGUUGAGAUUAGAACCCAGUUUCAGCACACGCUUAUAAAAGAAGGCUUCGAUUCUGUUGCCGUUGGCGGAAGCCUCGGGGGUGGUGCCGCUUCUAUUCCAGCCACUAUCACAGCAUCAUUCGAGAAGGAGCAUUCCACUGUGAGCUCAACAUCAACUAGUAUGAGCGUGGAUUCUUUGGUUGCCACAUACAACUUUCCUCGUGUUGUCGUGGAACUUGACCCUGAAUGUCUAGUACUAACGGAUGAGUGCCGAGCGGAUGCGAUGCACAUUACGGAUGACGCUUCACAAGCACGAUUCUUCCGUACCUACGGCAAGAUAUUCGUAACCAAGUUUACGCUUGGUGGCUAUUUACAUAGCACUCGCAAUAUCUCUUCCAAAGAGCAGUCAUCGCUGGAGCAGGUCAAAGAUCGAACCCGCAUAGCUGCAGGUUUGAGUAUUCAAACACCAAAAGCCAGCGGUGGAAUCAACGUCGCCAAGGUUGAGUCGACAGGUACUGAAACUGGUGUAGCAUCGCUUCUCCAGGACGCGCAUUUGACUUGGAAUGCUCGUGGAGGAGAUACAUUACUUUGCUCGAAUCCACCAGCCUGGGCCAAUACGGUUAAGGAUUACAAGCUGUGGCGACUCAUGAAUCAACACAGGCUUGUAACUCUGGAUGGUCUCAUAAAGGACGUCGAUGUUGUGGCCUGGCGAAAGAUCGAUCAGCCAUCUAUCGCGCUACCACCAUCUGGAGACAUCCUGAAGGACCACGAGCAGAUACGAGUUACCUUGUUAGAAGCAUUGAUUGACCCUGACAACAACUCCAUGGCACAGGCCAUAGAGAACUACUAUUGGAAGAACAAAUAUGAUCAGGGAACAAAUAUCGACAAGUACGAUACCUGGAUGAGAUCCAACUUUCCUGCAGAUAAGGAUUCACUCAUCAAAGCUGGUACUGGGUAUGGGUCUCUCAGUAAUGACCAGAAGAUAUUCCGAAGCGAACGCGUGAUUAAAAACCAUUGGCGGGACGCCUACAGCUGGUCACCAGCAGAGAAGGGAGGACGCCUAAGUGGAGUAGAGCAGAAGAAGAUACAGGACCGCGUUAACAAGAAUUGCAAGAACAUCCAUUGCCAGCGGUUGUUGGUCCAGGGCCAGGGCUCGCAGUAUUUCGAGGUCCACCAGCCCGGCGAUAGUAGCCCAGACGUCGUGCCCGUUAACGGCGACGCAGCGUGGGCGCAGGUGGGCGAGGAGAUGGCCAGGGCGUGGGCCAACAUCGAGACCCGGGCGCAGAACACCAUCCAGGAGGGCGAGCGAGACGAGGUGAACCCGUGGCUGGAGCGGACGCAGUGGCUGCCGUAUUUGGUCGGCAUGGAGCGGCCGGAGUUGAUGGCGUGCAUCGAAGAGCCCGUGGCCGAGCUCGAACCCAGAGGCAGGCAUGGAGACGAGCAGCGGGCCGAGCCCUCAAGUAUCGACGAGAUGGAGGCAGCCCAAGACACAGCCGCCAACGCCAUCGUCGAGCCGACGAAGUUGUCGAGACUCCAGAAAGCGUGUUUAGCGUUUUGCAUCGCGUUGUUAAACCAGUCCAUUACGCGCAAGGAGUACGACAGCCCGUUAGUGUGCGCGUUGGCCGUGUUGGGCGUCAAGGAGGACGGGUGGAAGGGCGCCGAGCAGUAUCCGCCCGUUUUGUCGGCCGUGAUCAAAGUCGCCCGAUUUAUGGUGGUGCAGCAGGCGUUAGAGUUGUCGGGGCCGUUAGACGAGGACGAGUUGGACGACAGCGCGUACGAGAGCGACAGCAGCGGGCCGCGCCAACGCCAGCCCAAGGGGUGUUUGCAGUUUGUGCAGGAGAUGAUGGACCGGUUCAUGGUGCGAGGCAGCCACGGACCCAUGCAGUGGAUGUUAGAUUUACGGACGUACGGGUUGAAGAUCCAUUACAACACCACGUCGCGCGGGCAUGUUGAGUGGACGGGCGGCGAUGAGUUGUUGUACAAGGGGUUGCAGUUCAACAUGGCGCAGUUCCGCGGCAUGGUGCACGGGUUAGUGACCGAAAGCCGGCGGUUGUUAAUGGAGGAGUUGAUGUUUAGCAGCAGCAAGGCUAACCUAGGGCGCCCGUCGUACCCAGUCAUUUGA